AUGCCUUCCGACAUCAACAUCUCUCCCAACGCCCUCCCUCCGAUAACCUCUAGCAGCGGCCUGCACUCUCAAGCCCAGCGCCAGGAUUUUGGAUUUGCCAACGCUCUCGGCUCGUCCCUCUCGCCUCUCAACCCCUUAGGUCCCGGCGGCCGCGGACCCCUAAUCGAAAGCGAGGCUGAGCGGCUAGGCAAACAUUCCGGAUCAGGGAAGCUCUCAGGACACUCAGGAAAGAGGUCUUUGCACCCUGAGCCACCACCGCGAAGGAGGAGCAAGAGGGUAAAUCGCGGUGUGCUCAGCAUGCAGCACCAAAACAAUCCGGGGCCGCCCCCCGACCCCUCGCGGUUUGCCAGCGAAGACUUCGAUUUCAGCCGUCGAGGAACGUGGAAUGACGACAAGGAGAGGAUUGUAAGGGGUCCGUUUGACUACGUCGUCAGCCACCCGGGCAAAGAUUUCCGUGCCCAGCUCAUCUCCUCGUUUAAUGCCUUCCUCGAUGUCCCCCCCGCGAGCCUCGCAAUUAUCACAAAGGUUGUGGGCAUGCUUCACGAGUCCUCCCUCCUCGUCGACGACGUCCAAGAUUCAUCCGAGCUCCGCCGCGGCUUCCCCGUCGCCCACAACAUCUUCGGCGUAGCUCAAACCAUCAACUCAGCCAACUACAUAUACUUUGCUGCCUUGCAGGAGCUCGUCAAGCUCGGCAACCAGAAUGUCAUUCCACUGUUUGCCGAGGAGCUCCUCAAUCUACACCGCGGCCAGGGCAUGGAUCUGUUCUGGAGAGAUACUCUCACGUGCCCCACCGAAGAUGACUACCUAGAGAUGGUAGGGAACAAAACGGGUGGCCUGUUCCGCCUCGGCAUCAAGCUGAUGCAGGCAGAAUCGAGCACCAACGUCGACCUUGUACCUCUCAUCAACCUCGUCGGCCUCAUCUUCCAGAUCCGCGACGAUUAUAUGAAUCUUUCUUCAAGCGAAUACAGCCAUAACAAGGGCAUGUGCGAGGACCUGACGGAAGGCAAAUUCUCUUUCCCUGUCAUUCACAGCAUUCGCGCCGAUCCCGUAGAUCUGCAGUUGAUCAGCAUACUGAAGCAAAAGACCACGGACGAGCAGGUUAAACGCUACGCUGUCUCCUUCAUGGAGUCCAAGGGUAGCUUCGACUAUACCCGGAAGGUGGUCGAAACUCUCAUCGAGAGGGCGCGCAAGCUGGUCGAGGAGCUGGACGACGGGUCCGGAAAGGCCGCUGGCAUCCACAAGAUUCUGGAUAAGAUGGUCAUAUCGUCAUGA